CAGCUACGUUUUCACUGAAGUGAUGUUAGAUGAAAAGCAUGUAUUGCGUAUUUAUAAGUAUAUAACGAAUAUUAGGUAUAUAUUCAAUGUAUUUUAACCUUCGUUCGAUCCCCGAGGAACCAGCCAAUAGUAAUUCGUUAUCGUGUAUCAGCUAUUGUUCAACGCGCUAGAUUAUAUGUAGAAAUAUAAUUUAACAUCAAGAAAAAACCCUGUUAUUACUGUGCAGUAAAAGACGUUUUUAUGCAGUUCAUUUCAAAUAAGGGAGAAGAGAAUAAAGUUGAGGGUGAUUCCCACGAGAAGCUUAAGAGCAUGGAAGACAAGGCUGUUUUUAAGUGCCGUAACUGUAAUGGAAAUUACUGGACCCCAAAAUGUCGUUACAAGCGUACCUUUGUUAUUGAUGGUAUGCAAAUUAAAGGAUGUAAGCUUAAAAGAAUAGAUGAUAAGAAUGCCAUUAAGUGUCAUAACUGUAAUGGAAAUCACUGGACCAAAAAAUGUCGUUACAAGCAUGCCAUUAUACCUGGUGGUAGGCAAGUUAAACAAUAUAAACCUAAAACGAUGGAUGACAAAGGUGUCGUUAAGUGCCGUAACUGUCACGAAGGUCAUUGGACCUCAAAAUGUCCCUACAAGGGUAGUGUUCUUGCUGGUGAUUUUUCAGGAAAAGUACUGGAUGACAUGAAACCUUUAUUAGGUCUUGCAAUGCCCAGUGCAAAUACUGAACUUGAUAAGCCUCAGGGUAGCAAAUAUGGGCCAUCCAGCAUGCGAGGCAGAGGAAAUAAACAUUGUGAUUCAAUGCAGAAGCCUCGCAAUGUCACCUAUGCAAUCCAGAUCUCAAAUUUGUCACACUACAUGACAAAUGAUGAAUUGAAAGAACUUGUCAAACCUUUUGGUCUUACUAAAAAGCUUUUUCUUGCAAAAGAUCAGAAAACCAACUUAUGCAAAGGUUUUGCUUAUGCACAUUUCAAGUUCCGAGCUGAAGCUGCCAUGGCCAUCAGCACGCUUAAUGGCUGUGGAUACGAUCAUCUUAUUCUUAAUGUUGAUUGGUCAAAGCCUCCUGCCCAAAAAAAACUAAGUUGUAAAAUGUUUUGGAAAAAUAUUGGAUUGAGGACCUCAUGAAUGAAGAUCUUGUAUAUCAAAUGUCUUUCCAUUAAUAAAAAAAAAAUAUUUCAAAUGAUGAAUUUCAAGCAUAUAAGUUCCAGGACCUAUUAUAAACUAUUAAAUGUAUAAGAUAUCGUAUAAAGAUGUAGUACUGUACACAUAAAUGAAUAAAUAACAUAAUAUACGAA